GUGUACUCGAAGUGAAAAGUUAUAUUUUAAAAAUCAUCACAGUAUUUUUGUUAUUCCCAGCUAAAAUGUCCGAUUCAGAGGAUGACUAUUGUUCAAGUGAUGAUGCAGAUUAUGUACCAUCAGAUGGCGAAGCUGUCAGUGAGGAAGAGGGAAGCGGGGAUGAUGAGAAUUUGGAUGCUGGUGACAAAGCAGAUCCCAAGAAAGGGAAGAAAAGAAAAAAAGAUGAUAAAAUGUUUUCAAGGAAAAGACAUGGUGGUAUUAAACUUGAUGAUCCUGAGCCAGAACAGACAGAGACACUUGAGGAAGAUGUUAAAGAUCUUGCAACUGAGAUGAAAGAAGAGGAAAAAGUACAUCAGGAAGAGAAAGAGAAGAAAAGAGCAGAUGACCUUUGGGCAGAUUUUAUGAAAGAUGUUGGCCACAAACCAAAGCCAAAACCUACCCCAACUCCAACACCUACCCAAAGUUCUACACUAAAAUCUCCGGCAGCUUCAUCCAGUGAAGUCAAGAAGAAAGAGCCUGUCACUAGUAGUGCUGGGGCACAGAAAAUCACCAUUGUGAAGGAGUAUGAUUUUGCUGGAGAAACUGUCAAGGUAACAAAGGAGGUGGAUGCCUGUUCAAAGGAGGCCAAGGCUGAGCUGAAAAAGAAAGAGGCGGAAGCAGAAAAACAAAAUAGCAAUCCUAGCAGCUCAUUGACUGGUUUAGCAAAUUUAAAAAGACCAGGAAGAGGUGGUGGUGGACUGGGAAGUGUGCUGGGAAAAAUAGGGAAAAAAGAUAAAAUCAGUACUCUGAACAAAUCUAAGCUUGACUGGGACAAGUUCAAGGAGGAAGAAGGGAUAAAAGCAGACCUACAGGCCCACAAUAAAGGCAAACAAGGGUACAUAGAGCGUCAGGCUUUCUUAAACAGGACAGAUCAACGAGUUUACGAAUUAGAAAGAGACACUCGACUCAGUAAGAGGUGACAAAAUCAGUGUAAUAGAUUUUGAAGUGACAAUAUUGAGGUGCCAGCCUUCUGAGUGACAUAUUGAGGGGACAUUCUGGUAUUGAUUGAGGUGACAGCUGCCCAGAACAAUAUGAAUGAAGUGACACAGUUAUAUAUAAAGUACAAGUAUAUAUAUGUAGUUGAAAUAACGUAUUUGUGAUAAGAAAAAUGUGUAUUGUGUAAAAUGUGACAGAGAUAUCUUGUACUUUGCUCAAUUAUACUACCAGGGGAGGGGUGUACUUGCUCUGCAACGACAUGCACACCAAAUGGUUAAUAUGUUGACAACGCCUCACUGUGUCCCUGCCAUGCUAUGCACCAAUUGUU